UAGGCUGGAAUCAGAUCAAGAGAGGUUGAAAGAAGUAAACAACCUUCAAGAGUAAUAUCCACUAACAUGGAGAAUCAAAUGGAUGCUCUCCACCACUCAGGAGUUGAGAUUGUCCACUACCUUCAAGUGAACUAUAAAACGUCCCAAGACUGGUUCGUUUUCAUCUCAUUUGCUGCUGAUCUCAGGAACACCUUCUUUAUCCUGUUCCCCAUUUGGUUCCAUCUGUGCGAGUCAGUGGGGAUCAAGCUCAUCUGGGUAGCUGUGAUCGGCGAUUGGCUCAACCUUGUCUUCAAAUGGAUCCUUUUUGGCCAGAGACCAUACUGGUGGGUGCACGACACAGAUUAUUACAACAACAUAUCUGCUCCAAUCAUAGAACAGUUUCCUGUCACCUGUGAGACAGGUCCAGGAAGUCCUUCAGGACACGCAAUGGGAUCUGCGGGGAUAUACUAUGUGGUGGUGACUGCCCUGAUUACUCUUCUCCUAAAGAAAAAUAAAUCCUUCAGUUUCCAAAAGAGAUGUUUUCAAGCCCUUCUGUGGUCCGGUUUCUGGGCGAUUCAGGCUUGUGUUUGCUUGUCCCGAGUCUUCCUUGCUGCUCACUUUCCACAUCAAGUUAUCUGUGGAGUAAUUGCAGGCAUGGUGGUGGCUGAAGUAUUUGAACACAUCCAAUCCAUUUACAAGGCCAGUCUGAAUAACUAUAUAUACACUACUCUGUUCCUGUUUUGCUUCGCUCUGGGAUUUUACCUGGUGUUAAAAACUGUUGGAGUGGACUUGUUGUGGACAAUAGAAAAGGCCAAGAGAUGGUGCUCCCAACCAGAUUGGAUUCACAUUGAUACAACUCCAUUUGCUGGACUCCUUAGGAACCUGGGUAUCUUCUUUGGCUUGGGAUUGGCCCUUAACUCGCAAAUGUACAAAGACAGCUGUCAGGAGAAACAAGACAGGAGCUUUAGCUAUCGCCUAUGUUGUAUUAUAGCCUCGUUGCUUGUCCUUCACCUUUUCGACAGCUUUAAACCACCCACCAAAGUGGAGAUGAUCUUCUACGCUUUGUCCUUUUGCAAAAGUGCAGCAGUUCCACUGACAUGUGUAGCAAUAAUCCCAUACUGUAUAUCCCAGAUUGUAAACAGGAAAGAAAAAGUUUUAUAAGAGUAUGGUAUGUUCUGUCUUUACUAAAUUUCUACAGUGCUCUACAUACAUGUAUAUAUGGAGAGCACCAAUCUGGAAUAGAAAGGACAUCCCAUACUUAUAAAUAGGUCUUGCACUGAAGUCAAGUUUUUGCAAUUUUAAAAGCAAGAACAUGUUAAGAAAUGCCUAAUAAUAGGUAAAGAACUUUAACAAUAGGUCAAAUCAGGAAUGUGAUUGCAAUAGGACUAUUUAUUAACGCCAAAAAAUGUUUAUAAAGUAAAUCAUGUUGCACCCCAACAUUGGCUAUCAAAGGUUAACUGAGUUCUUUUUUAAAUGCCAAUAUAGAAAUGUCUGAGGGACCUGGGGUUACAUUUCUACAGACCUAUGGUGAAGGGUCAUUUAAAAGGUAGCAUGAGUAAUUAUUAGGGAUGCACCGAAUCCACUUUUUUGGAUUUGGCCGAACCCCUGAACCCUUUGCGAAAGAUUCGGCCGAAUAACGUAUCUGAACCCUAAUUUGCAUUUGCAAAUUAGGGGUGGGAAGGGGAAAACAUUUUUUACUUCCUUGUUUUGUGACAAAAAGUCACGUGAUUUCCCUCCCCAUCCCUAAUUUAAAUAUGCAAAUUAGUAUUCAGAUUCGGUUUGGCCAGGCAGAAGGAUUUGGCCAAAUCCGAAUCCUGCUGAAAAAGGCCGAAUCCUGGAUUCGGUGCAUCCCUAGUAAUUAUAUCUUAUAGAAGGCAACUUUUUACAUGAAAUGAAGGUCGUGUCUCUAAGGUUGGCUACAUUUCAUGCUUUCAGGUGCUAGAGUCUGUUAAUACUUGAUAUUACUCUAUAAUGUGCAAAGUCCCCUAAGCCUAUGGGGAGUCGGUGGCUGACAGAGACAGCUAACAGUGUUAUUUUUAUCAUUCCAGCCCUGUAGAAAGCAUGGGUGGGUUUUUUGUAUGGUACUAAGAAAUACCCCACCAUCCAUCAUUAGCACAGAAUGUAUCAUGGUGGGUAACAGAGUUAAGUGCGGCAUGUUUUUCUUGGUUUAGUCUGUUGAACCCUAAUAUAUAUUUUUAUAUACCGCUCAGGGGUGAUUUGCAUUGCCCUAGUUUUUUUUCUGUGUUCAAGUCACAACUUUGUAGCUAUUUUAGAAGAAAAUGUAUGUGAAAAGAGGUGUCAGCUAGAAUGUAUGGAUUUGUUGGCUUUCUUUUUGAUUCAAAACAUUUUUAGAGCAAAGAAUUAUUUAAUCCAAAUUUUGAAAGACAUUUAGUUGUUCUGUUGGUUGAUGCAAAUAAAUUUGUUUCUUUUUUAAGUAAA